CCACACAGCUGGGCCCAGCCUUGGCUGGCUUCUCUCUGCCUAGGGGACCCCUGGGACCCUGUUCUUAUUCCCCGAGAUCAAAGCAACAAGUGCCUCUGCCCACAAUGAAUGUCGUCCUCUCCAGGGACAGUCAGGUGAGGGCCAUGGAGAACACCGUGACCAACGCGGAAAGGUAUUUUGGUCAGUUCUGCUCACUGCUGGCCUCCUACACGCGCAAGACAGCCCGGCUGCGUGACAAGGCUGACCAGCUGGUGAAGCAGCUGAUGGACUUUGCCAACACCGAGAACCCGGAGUUGCGGGCUACCAUGAAAGACUUUGCAGAGGACCUAGCCAAGGUGCAGGAUUAUCGGCAGGCGGAGGUCGAGAGGCUGGAGGCCAAGGUCAUCAGCCCCCUGAAGCUCUAUGGUGCCCAGAUAAAGCAGACCCGGGCAGAUAUCAAGAAAUGUAAACGUGUCCAAAAUAAUGAGAUCAAACAACUGGAAAAGCUGGAGAAACUGAGGCAGAAGUCACCCUCAGAUCGUCAAAUGAUUUCCCAGGCGGAGACCAGUGCACAGAGGGCCUCCGUGGACACUAGCCGCUCUACCCACCACCUGGCAGAGACAGUGGAUGCUUUCCAGGAGCAGAAGCUGAAGGACCUCCGGAGAAUCUUCUCUGACUUUGUGACCAUCGAGAUGGUCUUCCAUGCAAAGGCAGUGGAGGUGUAUUCCAGUGCUUUCAGGACCCUGGAGAGCUACGACCUGGAGAGAGACCUGCAGGACUUCAGAGCCAAGAUGCAUGGAACUUACGGGCACAGUGAAGCUCGGCCUCUGACAGACACCAGCCCCUCUCCAUCUGUCCCUUGGCCUCUGGCCAGCCAGAGUGUUCAGAGCACCAUGGCACACCAGGGGGAAGAUGAGGAGGAAGGUGAGGCUGACUCUGUGGAGGAGAUCCCCCUGGAGGACCUCAAGGGACAGCAGCAGGGACGCCGUGACUAGGAAGAGGAUCCUGCGGCAGGUGGAAGGCCUGGGCUGGCCUGGACCUUGGUGGGCUCUGCUGGUGUCCUUGGUCAGGGAUCUCAGGGGCCUCUUCCCUUAUCAGCACAGUAGGCUUCUCUGCAGACUCAGAUUCCUGGUGUCAGUGAAAGACAUGUGACUCUCAACAGCAUCCUUGCUUUGUCUGCUUCCUGCCUUCAUCUGGGGACAGGAGUCUCUACACUGUGUUAAUGCUAAAGCAUGGUAGAUUAGUUUUUGGGGUCUUCCCAGUUAAGUACCACCAACUGGGAGGAUCCUCAGGCUCCUGUCCAGCUUCUGGCAGGUGCAGCCUGUUCCUGUGGCCAUGACGCCCAAUGUCUGCUUUUGAUUCUACAUUGUGUUCCCCCUAAGUGAAUCAAGGUCUGUGCCCAAAUGCCCCCUUCUGUAAGCCCAGGGCCCCUGCUGUGGCUGCCUCCCAAACCCUCCAUAAGGACCAUUUGCAGGCUCUACACCCCAGGGCUUAACUCUUUAGUGCAUGAAUUUGGCAGAUGGGCACAGAUCUCAGCCAUUAUGCAUACAUGGCAUGAUAUAUACGGUGGCCAUGGGGCCAUAAACACACAGAGGUCCACAGUGGGGGUAGGUAGUGGAUAGGUGGGCGCCUCUAGGAGCAUGUGUAGAGUAAUCCCUUGGCAUACUCCUUAAGGUAUCUGAGGGAUCUGUUCCCUAGGAAGAAUGAGGCCAUCAUGAGCAUGCCAAGGUCCUAGACAUGGAUCUAUACACUCAUGUGUAAGAGGAAGAUGUCUCUGUAUCUUACAUCUUGGUUCCACAGACAACUUGGGUAAGCCAUCAGGCUUGAUCACCACCUAGGCAUUAGGAUGCCCACUGACCCUGCCUCCUCUCUGAGCCAAAGCACCCCCACCCCCUCUCCUACCUGGGAGUUACAGGUGUCAGACCCCGAUUUGGCCCCACAUGACAGGUGGCAGUCAGGUCUAGGGAGGCCCACAUGUCCAAGUAGCAGGCCAUACUCUGUCCUCAGGCAAACUCUAACCCAGCCUCUGAGUCUAGUCAGCCAAGUACAAGUGGGGGUGGGGGUACCUAUUUCUGCGAGGCCAGUGAUGUGACUAUGUAUUCCGUGAAGUCCUCACAGAUAUGUGAAAACAAGUUAAUCUGACUUCUUUUUAAAAGAUAAUUUAUUUCAG